UCCAUAUUCUUUGUAAUUUUUUGACUUAAUAUUGCAAAUGGCUUCAAAAUCUCUUCAUUAUCAAGGCAAUCACACAUUUUCUAGAACAGAAAAGGGUUAUAUAGUUUAUCCAAAAUCUCUUAAUAUUGUUUGGGGAAAUGAUAAGCGUUAUUGGAAGUUACCCAAAUAUGAAAAAGAUGAUGCAGAACUUAUGCAAGUAAAUUGGUUGGAGGUAACUGGUUGCAUUGACAAUGUUAAUAUAGAGAAGAAAACGUCAUAUGAUAUUGAGUUUACAAUGUCAUUGAUGACUGAUGCUUUUGGUUGGAGCAAUUCACCAGUUUAUCUUAUGGCUAAAUGGGGAGAUAAUACUCAAUGGAGAAAGAUGAAUUUGACAAGUGAUCAGAUUAAUGGCAAAAAGAUGAUAUCAAAAACUAUUACGAUAACAAAAGGGAAGGGGAACAACAUCGGUAAGAUUCAUUUUGGGUUGUAUGAAGUUUGGAACAAAAAGUGGAAAGGAGGACUCAAAAUUCAUCAUGUAAACUUGAUAGAGACUUAGAAGUUAAUUUAGCCAAGUGAAAGAGUAGUACUACAGUCUAUAAAAAAGUUGUAACAUAGAAACACGUCGAUCAUUGUCAUUUCGUAAGUCAGAGUCUUAUUUUAAAUUUCUUCAUGUAUUAUAGAGUGUCCUUUCUAAUGAAUUUGCGUUUGUAACUUUGUAUUUGUAUUGCUCGCAUCAUGAAUGAAAUUAUGAUUUUCUUCCCAUAUUAUAUU